AGAAUGUCCAAAAUGGCAGAAACCACACUUGAAAAAACAACGGAAACAGGUGCAAUAUCGCCACGUGACUGCACUUUAAUCACAGAAUUGCCAGAAAUAAUAAUUCAUAUAUUUCAAUACUUGAAAGAUGGAGAAUUAGAUUUAUGCAGGCAAGUGUGUACCAAAUGGAGAGAUAUCAUCGAAAACAUAAUGUAUCACCGAGUAACAAUGAUCACGAGGGAUUUGACAGAUAAUCGUUAUAACGAAGGAAGAGCGAAUGAGAGGAAAUUACGUACAAAACGAAUGCAGUUAUUAAAAAAAACAAAUAUAUUAAGAAGAUCGAAACGAUAUUCUCCCGCGUAUCAAAAUGGAUGGAUACCUUUGUUGGAAUCCAGAGAUCUACCUGUUGGGAAGUGCAAACCUGUUACUGUUCUAGGUCAGAAAUUUGUUGUAUUUCGUGGAAAAACAGCAACGUGUUUUGUUUUAAAUGCUUAUUGCCCUUAUUUGGGCGCUAAUUUAGGAACUGAUGGCAAAGUUCACGAGGAUUGCAUCGAAUAUCCUUUUCACGGAUGGCGAUUUACUGGACAAGAUGGUACUUGCGUGAAAUUACCUUACGCCGAAAAGUGA